AGGGUUUUAUUUUUGGACUGCCAUGGCGUCUGUUCCUUCCAUUUGUAGGACGGGGGGGUCGGGCUGGGCUCAACAUGAACCUCUGACACUCCGGCUGGGAAAAGCAGGCAGCAGCCGGCCGGCCGCCCCCCGAGCAGCAGUAGCACAGGGGAACCUGCCUGGAGCGCUUUGAACCACCAGCAAGAAGUCUUUACUUGGGUGCCAAAGCGCUCAUGGCUGUCGCUUACGGGGCUGUCACCAACCCGGGCCUGCUUUACCAGCAGUACCCUCCGCCCCUGCUUCCCAAACCUGGAAAGGACAACGUUCGGCUUCAGAAACUCCUCAAGAGAUCCGCCAAGAAGAAGGCCUCCGCUCAGGCAUCGCAGCCCGCCACGCUUUUCCGCUCCAACCUUUCCCCCGUGAACGAAGCAAGUCCUGACCUCGAGCACAGUGACCACUCAACGCCUCCCAAGACUCCAGAGACACCGUUCAGUCUUUUCAGAGUCCAGGAGCCUCCGAGGUUCACCGCCAGACCGCUUUAUCGACAUGUGGCGUCGCCUUACCCACAUCGAGCGGCGUACGGGAGACCGGGAAGAUUCUCCCCUCAGAUGGUGGCGUCCCCAUUGCACUCUUACCCGCAGAAUACUACCACCGUUUCUUCAUAUUCUGCGUCCACCAACGUGUCUGAAGUCUCAACAGCUACGUGGCAAGUCGUUGAGCCUGCGGAGCCAAAAACAUCUUUACUGCCAGCCUCCUUUACACCUGAGGCAACAGUACCAGCUGCUGAAGUAAGAAAGCCGGCUUUUAGCACAUUUGCUGACAAUAAUGCCGGUCUUAGACCUUUCGCAACUGGAGGGACGCGACAAGCAAAAAGUCCAACUCCUUAUCAAGCAAUGGGGGGUCAAUCUCUGAUUCGUCCUCUCACUGUUUUGAUCCCGAUGGCCAAAUGCAGGAGUCCACGUCCGACAUUCAAAGCGACCGACCGUUCAAGAUCGCCCAAACCGAUGUUUGAUGUUCCCAAAAUUAGGAUGUAUACGGCAAGCACAUCCUACUACGAGUCAACCAGGACCACACCGGUGUACGACACAGCUGCUUUAACCGUCAUUGGCAGCACAGCACCUCAAAGUAAAGCACCGGCAGAAACCAUGCAAGAUUUGACUCCCGUAUCUGAGGUCAGAAGAGGGACAACACCGACGGCUCUGCCUCCUUUACUGGGCCCAGAUCCCCAGAGGAAAACACCAACUUCAGAAAUUAAAAGGGGCACCACACCAACAACGGAGAUGAAUACUAUAAGAACACCUACGGUUGAAAUCAUAAGAGCAACCCCGACUUCUGAUAUCAAAAGAGCAACUCCAACUUCUGAUAUCAAAAGAGCAACUCCAACUUCUGAUAUCAAAAGAGCAACUCCAACUUCUGAAAUCAGAGUUAAAACACCAACAGGACGGCCUCGAACCCCGGCAUACACCAAGAAUCGGGCUGCAACGCCGGUCUUUGAAGUCUCAAGGCCGAAUCCUCUCUUGUUCGCCGUGUCGCCAAUCACAGUAGAGCCAGAGAGGUCAAAAACGCCCAAAACACUUUCUGCGAUGAGCAGUUUGUCAACUUCCCAAAGCGAGAAGAUCAGUUUGUCUGUUUCCCAAAGCGAGAAGAUCAGUGAGCCUAAGCCUGCUGAAAUGAUACCAAACGGGGACAUUCAUUUGGUCAUGACUCCAGUGGUAAAACCAAUCCAGCAGAGCAUCAAUAUGACACAAUCAGAGCCUGAUCUGUCAAGAGAAGCUGCUCCAGCUGGCUCUCAAAGACCUAAACCCCCAACAACUGAGCCCAAAACACCAGCAGUGACUUCUUACAGCAACCAGAGGCCUAAGACUCCAACAUACGAGGCAUCCCGACUCAUGACCACUUCGCCUGGUUUUAAAAGACCAAGGACACCUACGUACGGGAUGUCACCGUCACCUGUAGGCUUUCAGAGACCUAAAACCCCAACUCAAACUGCUAAAAAAUCAAAGUCUGGCUACCGUGGAUUGACACCGGCUGAAUAUGCUGCUCACGGAGGAAUUAAAACCUACUCUCCAGCUUUUGGUAUCUCCGGUUCCAAGACGCAAGCUGACGAGGAGGUUAACGCGCCAAAAGAGGAACCAGUAGAAUGUAAUGCACCAAUUCAAGAAACACCUGUGAAGGAACAAGCUAUGCCAGAGGUGUCUAAAGAUAAAGAAACUCCCAAAGAGGCCGAGAAACCCCAGGUGAGGGAGGUGAAGGUUGCCGUCACCCCUUCAAUUCCCAUCAUUAUCGUUUCACAGGCGUCUGACAUCUUUGUAACAACGAUAGCACAAGAGACGAGCAUGGUUUCCAGUCAGGUUGCAAAACAAGAGAAAACGGUGUUCCAAGAACCACCAAAGUCUAAACCCCCAACGACACAAGGGAAAACGUCUCAGAGACCAGUUCAAGGAGUCGCCAAACCAAAGACGAACCCUCCUGAAGUCAAACCUGUGCCCAAAGGUGACGACCAGGAUCCUCUGAAGGCAGUCCGGAAACUAUUAGGAAAAGAUCAAGUCCAGAAACCUGUACCUGAGACAAAAGCUGAUGUUGCGUAUAAGAAAGAGCCUGUAGCUGAAAGCAAGACUAAAGAUGGACGCCAAAAGCCCAGCACUGCAACAGGAAGUGAAGAAAAAGGAAAAGAUAAGAAAGAAGAACCAGCUGCAGUGAAAUCUGCGCCGGAGAAAAGGGAAAGCGUUGAAUCCCUCCCCGCUGAGGCCCUUCUGAAAGUCAUGCAAAAGCCGAAGGGAGUGAAAUCCAAACUGAGCGGUUGGUCCAGACUCAAGAAGCACAUGGUGGUGGAGCAGGAAGAGCCCACAUUUCCAGAGGUUGGCCCCAAAAAGGAGGCCGCUGGGACGGACCAGAAAGAGGUGAAAAAGGCCGAAGAGAAGGCCGGGACAAGCCCGAAAAUCAAGACGAGAACGAAACCAAAGACGCUCCCGUAGCGGCGAAAAUGUGGAACGCCUGUCUCUUCCAAAUGUUCAGCAGUAAGGAGAACAUCAUGCACCAGAUCGAGCUGAACAAAAGCGAGGACAAGAAGACGCAAGAGGAGACGGACGACCAGAAAGAGGUACCAUCGUUCGCCCAACGGCUGCCCCUGCUGCUCUUCAGUCCAAAGUUUGACGCUAAAAGGUUGAAAGAGGCGGCGUCAAGGCCGACGACGAAGAUUUCGACAGUUUUUGAAAUGGGUCUGAUUGGGCGGAAAGGUCAAGAAGAGGAACCAAAAGACUUUAACAGAACAGCGAGGGGGUUCGCCGCAACUUAAGCUAAUACAAUAUAUAUAAUAUAUACGUGCCAAGGUGAACAAGAAGUUAUGAUAUAUGUUCAAUGUACAGGUGCAGAAGUCUCAGUGUUUAAAACGAAUGAUGUUUGUGUUAUAGAAAAGUCUGCUUUGGACUUUAUACUUGACAAGUGCUUUGUGUUUCAUUUGUGUGACUGGUUGUCUGGAUGUUUUGUGUUGAAAAGCUGGAAAAAGAGAAAAGUGUGUCUUAAUUCGAUUAAAGCGUUUAUGUUUUCAGUAAAA